UCCCAAGAGUUGUGAAAAUGCCAAUUGUCCAUGUUGGUAUCAGUAGGACAAAACAUAUGCCACAAAUCACACUCAUUUUGCCUUCCAUUCACGCCACUUGUUUUUCCUUUACCUUUAUUUCUUCAACAUUCAUCCUCGUUCACAGGGGAAAAGAAAGAUAUGUUUAUGCUAAGUAAGAGGUUUAUCUUUUUACUUUGACUCCGAUUAAACAUAGAAAAGCCAAAUUGGUGGGAUCAUCGGUCAUCGAUUGGCUAUAUCGUAAAGCCAAAAUCCUGUUACUACAGAGCAUUUUCAUGGUCAAAGGUAUGAGGUUGUGAUGUAUGAAAUUCAGUAAUAGGAAACCGAGCUGAAAAGGAAGAGACAUGUAUGGUCAGUGGUCACACUGGUGAGGCAUAAAGAAACUGAAACUGGCUGUCUUUAAGCAUUGACUCAGCGAGUACAAAUAUUCAAAGCUAGAAGAAACACAAACUUAGAUAAUGAUCAUUCACAGCAAAAACUGAUUAUGCCCAUUUCGUCACAGCCUGUAUGAGGUCCUUCAAACUUUUUGACAAAGAAACCGACAAUUUUAACAUGACUAAUAAUUCCAAGUUUCCAACCAUCCCAUGUGGCUCCCUCCUUCUUUCACUGAAUUCUGUGCUUGCUUAGUCACUCUGCUCUUUUUCUCUGCCCCUUCUUUUUCUGGUUGUGAAUUCCAAAGUUGAAGGUACUGUCCCAACAAAAAUCUAAAGCAGUGCAUUCUGCGAGUCUGGUUUUCAGCAUGUGGGAAUCCGAGAGUGAGUCAGCGGCAGGACACAAAUAUGGGGGUGGACUUCUCACUUCAAGUAACCAUGGUGUCAAGACUGAAGGAUUUGUACAAAGAGGCAACUCUUGGACACAGACAGAAAAUAAGAUUGGAAGUUCUGCUAAUGUAUGUUGCGACUGAUAUUCCAAGUGACUUUCUAGUUCAAAUUGAAGAAGCUAGCUUCCACUUGCACAAGUAUCCCUUGGUAUCUCGGAGUGGAAAGCUGAGUAGAAUCGUAUAUGAAACGCACGAUCCAGAUUUGAAUAAAAUAGUUAUGGAUGAUAUCCCUGGUGGGGCAGAGGCUUUUGAGCUUGCGGCCAAAUUCUGCUACGGAGUCGCUGUUGAUUUAACAGCAGGCAACAUCUCAGGGCUAAGAUGUGCUGCAGAGUACCUAGAAAUGAGUGAGGACUUGGAAGAAGGGAAUCUUAUAUUCAAGGCAGAAGCGUUCCUGAGUUAUGUUGUUUUGUCUUCAUGGAGAGACUCCAUAGUAGUGUUGAAAAGCUGUGAGAAGCUGUCACCAUGGGCAGAGAACCUUCAAAUUGUUCGCAGAUGCAGCGAGUCCAUUGCUUGGAAAGCUUGUGCUAAUCCCAAAGGGAUAAGGUGGUCCUACACCGGAAGACAAGCGAAAAGUUCAAGCCCAACAUGGAAUGACAUGAAGGAAUCUAGCCCAAGCAGGAACCAGCAGGUUCCUCCUGAUUGGUGGUUUGAAGAUGCCUCAAUCCUUAGGAUUGACCACUUUGUCAGAGUCAUCACUGCCAUUAAGGUAAAGGGCAUGAGAUUUGAAUUGGUUGGUGCUGCAAUAAUGCAUUACGCAACUAAGUGGCUACCAGGAUUGAUCAGUGACACAUCAAUCCCAGGUGAUGAAGCAAGCAACUGCAGUGUGAGUAACAGCAGCAGUAGUGGUGGCAGUAAUUGGAAAGGGGGACUUCAUAUGGUUGUGACUGGAACAAAAGAUGACAGUUCAAGUGUUCAAGCUAAAGAACAAAGGAUGAUAGUAGAGAGCCUGGUCAGCAUUAUUCCACCUCAGAAGGACAGUGUCUCGUGCAGUUUUCUUCUUAGGCUCCUGAGAAUGGCAAUCAUGUUAAAGGUUGCACCUGCACUGGUUACUGAAUUAGAGAAAAGGGUUGGAAUGCAGUUUGAACAGGCUACACUGGCUGAUCUUCUAAUUCCUUCUUAUAGUAAAGGAGAAACUAUGUAUGACGUUGAUCUUGUUCAGAGGCUGCUAGAACAUUUCAUUGUUCAGGAACAGACUGAAAGUUCUAGCCCCAGCAGACAGUCAUUUUCUGAUAAACAACAUAUGGGAAUGGGAUGCAUCCUAAAUGCUAAGGCAAGAGUGGCAAGGCUUGUUGACAGUUAUCUCACAGAGGUGUCCAGAGAUAGGAACCUUUCCCUGACCAAGUUUCAGGUUCUUGCAGAAGCUUUGCCUGAGUCAGCUAGGACAUGUGAUGAUGGACUUUACAGAGCAAUUGAUUCAUAUCUCAAGGCACACCCGACACUUUCUGAGCAUGAGAGGAAGCGACUCUGUCGUGUGAUGGACUGUCAGAAACUCUCCAUUGAUGCAUGUCUGCAUGCUGCUCAAAAUGAAAGGCUUCCAUUAAGGGUUGUAGUGCAAGUUCUAUUUGCGGAACAGGUCAAGAUAAGCAAUGCACUGGCCACGAGUUCUGUGAAAGAUGUUGAAUCUGAGAGCCAUGCAAUGGUAACAAACCGGAAAACACUUCUAGAAGGGACACCACAAUCAUUCCAAGAAGGAUGGACGGCUGCUAAAAAGGACAUCAACACACUGAAGUUUGAGCUUGAGAGUGUGAAAGUCAAGUACAUGGAGCUUCAAAAUGAUAUGGAAAGUCUGCAGAAACAAUUUGAUAAGAUGCUAAAGCAGAAGCACACUUCUGCAUGGAGCAGUGGGUGGAAGAAACUCAGCAAACUUGGAAGGACGACAAAUGUGGUAGAAAAUCAGGAUGAUUCUCCUAAGAUUCCAGAUUCUAUAGAACACAACAGAAAGACUGCUAGAAGGUGGAGGAGAAACUCAAUAUCCUGAUUCCUGAAAUAUCAGAAUUCUCAAUUUCUUUUAAACUCAUUCUUCUUCCCUCUUCAUAUCUCAUACCAAUUUCUACAAUAUCCUAGCCAAAUUGUAAUUUGUCAUCAAAGCUAAUCAUAUCUUUCAAGUGUGAAUUCUACUGGCACUUCAAUCAUAUCAUAAAAAACGUUAUGUACAUAUUUAAAAAUCUUCAGUUAUAUACCUCCGGAUUGCACAUUUGAACAUGGUUCCCUUUUAUUUUUCACUUCUAUGUUGUAGAUAACAGAAUAAACCAGUAAAAAGAGAGAAUAACAAGAAAAUGUUAGUAUAUAUAUACAGUUUUUAGAAUAAGAAAGUGUCCAGAAGCAGUGAACUAGAAAGGAAAAAGAAACAUGAUUAGAUAUUCCAACAUUAAUCAUGUCAUCUUGCAUAAGAACAGUGGCACAGUUGUCAAGUGACAAGACAAAAGACUUGAGUGAGUCGAAAUCGGCAACAAGUAAAUCUUUCAAUGAGAUUAGAUGACGGUGAAGGAUUGAUUGAUGCUUUCAUCAUCAACUACAGUUUAGCAGCAUGAAAAAGGAUCAGGAUGGCAUGUGCUUGAAGAGAAAAACCAAUGAACGGCUUAGAACAUAUCACGGCAACAGCCAGGAAUUGAAGGGUAAAAACACUUUAAUCUGUUAAUAAUUAUCUUUCAGUGGCAGUCUUUUUCUUCAAUCCAUUUGGAUCUAAUAAUGUUCUUCUCUGUGCACAUUUGGAAGAACUUUAUCUGGUAUGAUAAGCAGAGCGAUAAUAUAUAUACUCACUGAUUUUUCAACCAACUCAUAAUUAUAGCCUCCAGUUUAUACAGUGGCUGCCAAGAACCAUUUCUGCUAAACAGUGACCAUAAAUGAUUGUUGGCCUUCAGCUGAUUAGAUAUUAUUCAUCAGAUUCCAGAA